AUGGGUUUCCUCCAGCGAUUUAUACAAUAUGAACACAUUAUAUAAAGCAAAACCCCUUUCAUUUUAAAAUAGUAUGUAAAUAAUAGGCCUCCAUCUUUGUUAUACUUUUAAAAUGUCCCUAUAUAGCCUAUUUUAUAGCUUUUACACUGAUAUCUUCAAACAGGAAUGCGAAAUGCAUCCUGGGAUAUUUGACGGUCCCAACGCAGGCACAGCAGUACAGAAAAGAACGCGAAUUGAGAAACAGGAAUGCGAAAUGCAUUCUGGGAUAUUUGAUGGUCCCAAGUCCACACAAUAUGCAGGCUCGGUUGCGAUGGGUUUCCUCCAGCGAUUUAUACAAUAUAAACACAUUAUAUAAAGCAAAAUUCCUCUUUCAUUUUACAGUAGUAUGUAAAUAAUGGGCCUCCAUCUUUGUUAUACUUUUAAAAUGUCCCUAUAUAGCCUAUUUUAUAGCAUUUACACUGAUAUUUUAAAACAGGUAUGCGAAAUGCAUCCUGGGAUAUUUCCCAACGCAGGCACACAAGUACAGAAAAGAACGCAAAUUGAGAAACAUUCCUUUUUGCAUGGGCAAUUUGUGUAAAUAUGAAACAAUCAGAUGUUUUUGAGUUUUUUUAUUAAAAACACACACACUAUUUACAAUAUCACACUAUAUAAAAAAAAAAAAUUCACACAAAUAAAAAAAAACACACUAUUUACAAUAUCACAAUAUAUUUAAAAAAAACACACUAUUUACAAUAUAAUUCAGGGGCCUAUCAUUCGGGAUCUGCAAAAUGUAAAGAAAAAAGUAUCAGUUUUCCGAGCACAUGGACAUAAAGCCUGCAUGUAUUUUUAUAACCACGACAGUCAUUUGAAAGAUGAAGGUGUACCUCCGUUCCCGUUCUCGUCAUCAAUCAUUGUCGAACACAAUGGCUGUGAGUGUGACGAAUCCGUAUCUGAUGGGAGGAAAGAUCGUUUCCAUUAUUUUUUACAUUUGGCUAAUAGGUGACAUGACAAAUCAAAUCUAUAUUUGAAGACAAUCUCUGAUGGGAGGAAUCAGUAUCCGAUGAAAAAUCAAAUCCAUAUUAACACCAUGCAUAGUCAUACCUUGGGAGGCGGUUCUGAGGUUCUGGUUGUCGUGUUCUAGAAAUGAAAGCAAAUGUUAAUAUUAAUUAGUAAUUUGGAUGGGUAUGCAUUUGUUUGCUUGUGUACGCUAGGUUAAUUUGUAGAGUAUAGUCUAAUAGGUAAAAACAUAAGACUUGAAAUCUCUAACCAAAUUAAAACACAUGUUGUUGGGUAAUUUGCAUUACCUUGGGAGGCGUUGAUAAGUUGAAGAUCUUCCAAGUCUAGAUAUGAAGGAAAGAAAUGUUAAUAUUCCAUUUGUAAUCGUCCUUUGGAUUGGUAUGCACGCUUUUUUUUUUACCGUUUUUUGUGGCGUCCAGAUUUGUCUCCGAGGUAGACAAGCUGGCCUCGGAUGCCGCCAGGUCCAGUUCUAAAUUGUGGAUAAUUUUGCCACGUCUAUCAACCUCCCUCCGAAGGAAUUCCAGUUGUUUUUUGUGUGCCUUCUCCCGCUCGGUGUAGUGGAUGGUCUUUGCGCACACCAGCGUACCGAAUCGGAACGCAUGGUCGACCUUCUGUUCCCUGGUGUAUAUUUUAUCUACACAGAUAUGCUAUUACAAAAAAAAAAACUAUGUUAGUAUUGAAUGGAAUUUUCUUCAUUUAGGUUUGCAAAGACGCAAAUGUUGAUAACUUACAUAGUUAUUCCUUGAUUCAGCCUUCAUGGCAAUUGUCUCGGGGUGGUUUGUUGAUGGAAAGUCUGCUGGGGACUUUCCGGCCAUUUCUUUUCUGUAGAAAAGAAACAUUACAAUUAGAUGUUAACGCUGGUAUACAUACAGCGUUACGCUGUAUGUAUAAUAUAUAAUGCGCGAAGAUAAAUACAAAUCUUUUCUGUACACAUCUACAUCAUCUGUAGAGGUGUGGGCGUGGCAUACUCCCAUGGUGCUUCGCGAGUUGAAUGACUAUCGUCAGCGACGCACGGCUCGUCUCACUCUGAUCGGAUUUUCUCUGCUUGAGACAUCUUUAUUCAGAUAGACCCUUUUGCUCUCCUUUCCACGGAUUAAUAUUGUGAGCGGAUUCUUUCGAGUACGUUCUGUCUUUCAACUUUGCGGUUCAACCAAAGAAGUUCGUUGUCACGAUGCCUCGUGCUUCGCGCGCUUCGGCUGCAGCCAAGGGGAAGUGGACGAGGAUUCUUCCCAUGGCGACGACUCUGGCCAGAGGCUUCGAGCCUGUGCGUGGCACUGGAGCACGUCACCGUGUCGAGCCGUGGCCUGUCUCUGCCCACACUGGGAAGUUCAACCGAUUGGAUCUCCCCCCUGAGUCUCCAGAUAAGCAGUUUGUGCUGUUUGUGGGCGACUCGCAUCUGCGUGCGUUGGUUGACCGUUACGUGAGGAUGCCAGACGGUUGCCUUUCGUUUGGGUUCCUGUCUACGCCUGGGGCGUCUGCCGCUGAGCUCCGCACCGAGUUGCUGAACGCAGACAUCCCCAGAACCCCCGACAUCGUUUGCUUGCUGGCUCCGAGCAACAACCUCAAGGCGACGCCUGGCAUCGAAGCGGCUGGAGUUGCCUUCGAAGGACUUCUGAGAGCUGCCCGCAGUCGAUGGCCUAAGGUGUUUGUGCUCGAUUUCCCUCCCCGGCUGGCGAGUGAAUUGGCACCGCAACAAUUCCUUCGAGAGGAGUUUCGUCGCGUUGCAGCAAAGAACGAUGUAAAGUACUGCGUCACAGCUGACCGCUUUCCGCUGGACUCGCGUGCCUUGUGGAGUCGUGAUGGGAUCCACCUGAGUGACGAUCUGGGGAUGCCGCUUCUCGCGAAGCUUCUGUGGCACUUCUCCUUUCUGCAGCUACAGUCACCUCUGCCUGCUACACCUCCGCCUGUGUCUCCUCCCAAGUCACCCCUGACUGUGAGACCCUUUGCUACCACCGUGGUUGUGAAGGGAGAGGUUUCCCGUCCACGUCCCCUUGACCCCUUCAAGGAAACUGUCGUCGGACGUCGCGGAAAGCGCAGCCAACCUGAGUCCUGGGAUGCGCCUGAGGACUGGGAUCAGUCUUCCGUGCGGAUCCUUCCUCAUGAGGUUUGUACAUUGGUUUGUGUGCCUCCUCUGGUCCUGAGGGAGUGCUUUGUCGUGCUAAACCCUAUCCGGUUUAGCACUGACAAGUUGGCUGCAAUGGAUCGCAUUGUUCCAUCCAACCUUGAUGUCCCCAUGGGGAAUCGCUCAAGGAAACGGAAGGUGGCACAUGGAACCACGGCUGUGGUCUCCAAAGGAAAGAAGGCCCGCCUUGAGGCACUUCCAACUCCAGCAAGGAUUGCCAAACCUUCGAAGCUGGUACCUCCCCCUCGACCUGUUCCAGAAGCUGCUGUGCCAGCCACUCUGGAGGGCAGCGUCUUUGUGCCUUCGAGCAAGUUUGCUCAACCGGAGGGGGAUGACCAGACUCUGUGUGUUGAUGAGUGGCCGUUUCUUCAAACAGAGUUUUGUGAGAAGGUGAACCAGCCAACUCCUCGGGUUGUCUCUGGACAGAGAAAACAAGAGGAGCUAACACCUUGGGUGCCAAAAGUUGUGAUGGCCCAGGCUGAUAAACCAACAGCCAAUGAGACCAGCUUCUUGGGAUGUUCAACCAAGAUGACACACAUUGAGGACCAUGAGCCGUUUGAACCAGCACCUGAGGUCACUGCGAGCAGUCAGCAGCAGAGCCCGCCUGAGGACAAUGGCCAGCUUGAAGAUCGUCAUGUAACACUUGGCAAUCAGAAGGCACCCUGUGAUUUUGCACCUGCCAGAGCUGCUACAUCGAGUCAUGUGACUUAUGACAACCCUGGGUGUCUUCAAGGAUCGUUUGACCAGAGCAGCCACAUAUUCGGGGAAAAUGCAGGUAAGCAGUGUGCUACAAAUGGCAUAGCGGCGAUUAUGACCCACACCACCCAUAGCGUUCUCAAAUGGAAAAAAAAGAACAUUCAUCAUAUUCUAAAACAAGGUAAUGGCUUGUACACAUCUAUGCUAGAAAAUAAGGAAAUCAGUGCAGCCAAAACCAGUGGGCAUAUUUUCAUUUCCGAGUUACCCAGACACUGCAAAUUAAACAAUAAAUUAUUUAGUUUGGAAUAUUUUGAUACACUCACUGGAAGUCUUGAUCAAAAGGAUGAUUAUGACGCUUCUUUGCAAAACAUAGCCAUGCCUUUAGAAGAGGCUAUUCAGAAGACACUGCUGCAGACAGACACAUGCUUGCUCAACAUCCAAGGAAGUGUCUGUGCCGUUUUCAAGGUCGAAACUGCUUUUGCAGUUUUCGAUCCUCAUUCUCGUAGUACUUGGGGUUCGGUUGCACCGGAUGGAACCAGCAUAGUAGCGCACUAUGCUACUGUGUAUGAGUUAUAUGACCAUAUUGAGAACCUUGUCAAUUCCUUAUAUCAAAAUCAUCCACAUGCUUUUGAUAUCCCAAACAAGGUGUUUGAAGUCACUGGUGUGAAAGCUGUUGAGGUAAACUCACCAUUUACUGCUUUAACUGCACAGCCUGAAGCCAGCACUUCGGCACAUGACGGUACUUUGGACACUGACAGUGACUCUGAUCUCUGUGACCUUUCGGUAACAGAUAGAAAUUUCCUUGCAUACGCGUCUUUUUCCCUUGAAACUUGUGUCACUUCUACAUGUGACACAACUGUAAACAUUGACAGUGAUCCUCCAAUUCACACAGAGGGUGCAUCAGAUGUCUGUUUCAUUUCUGUAACAGAUAGCCCCAAUAUAAUAUUUACUGGAUUGACAUCAAGGGAAAAAAACUGGAUCUGCAACAAACUGAAUGUCGUACCAAGUUUAGAUCCAAAUAUUGUUGUACAAACCUUCGAUAUGGCACAGCCUGAGCCAUGCCAAACAACAUCCAUUGAAGGUGACGGUAAUUGUUUCUUUCGUUCUCUUUCGUCUGUAUUGAGUGGUUGCGAGUCACAUCACAAGGCCUUUCGAAAGGCUGUAGUGAAUCACAUCUCAAAUAAUCCACUUAAUUACAUUACUUGUCUAAGACGGCAAUUUGAUUCUGUGGAGCAAUAUCUCCGGGACUCAAAAAUGAAAUAUGUUGGAUCUUGGGCAACAGAGUUGGAAAUACAAGCUUCUGCAGAUUUGCUCUGUGUUGAUAUUUACACAUACAGUCAACAGAAAUGGAUUACGUUUACGGCGAACAUUGAGCCAAUUUCAAGAAAAGCUAUAUAUCUGAAUCAUUGCAACGAAUGCCAUUAUGAACCAAUUGCAUGUGUUAAAGGAAAAACCUCUCAUACAUGCUUUAGUUUAACUAGCUUCUGUGAAAUGUCGCACAAAAUGUCCAAUGCAGACCUUGUUUCACCACGUAAAAAAUGUAGUGAUAAAUUAAAAGAUCUAAGGAAAAAGAAAACAUAUGCUGAAGACACAGAAUAUAGGCGAGUUAAAAAGCUAAAAACACAAGAAAGAUAUUAUUGUGAUGAACAGUAUCAAGCAAAUCGGAAAACUAGCAGUAUCGAAAAAUAUACUAAUAAUGAACCGUUCAAACAACAACUCAUAAACAGCGGUAUCGAAAAAUAUGCUAAUAAUGAAACGUACAAAGAAGAAGUAAAAAAACGCAGUAUUGAAAAAUAUGCUAAUAAUGAACCAUUCAAACAACAAGUAAUAAACCGCAGUUUUGAAAAAUAUGCUAAUAAUGAACCAUUCAAACAACAAGUAAAAAACCGCAGUAUUGAAAAAUAUGCUAAUAAUGAACCAUUCAAACAACAAGUUAAAAACCGCAGUAUUGAAAAAUAUGCUAAUAAUGAACCGUUUAAAGAACAAGUCAUAAACAGCGGUAUAGAAAAAUAUGCUAAUAAUGAGCAGUACAAAGAACAAGUAAAAAACCGCAGUAUUGAAAAAUAUACUAAUAAUCCUGCCCAUCGUGACCAGGUGAUACAAAGAAUUGUAAUCAAAUACAGAGAAGAUCCGGCUUAUAAGCCCUCUGUAAUUGAAAGAAACUGUCAAAAGAGACUUAAUCUAACCCUCUUAAAACAUAAUAUCGACUUUGUAAUUGAACUCUUCCAAGAAGAGGUCAAACAUGGACCAGAACAUGUUUGUUGUGUAUGUCACAGAUUAUUGUUCCGAAAGCAAGUUAGAUUAUGUGACGUGUCUUCAUUUGAAUCCAAGACUUCAACAGUGUCAGCAAUUGCAAAACAAUGCAUUACCACAAAAUAUCUCCAUCAAUGUGAUAACGCAUGUUUAACGCCAUGCACACUAAAACAGACAGUUGCUGGGAAAUUGUGGAUAUGUUUCAGUUGCAACUCCAAGAUACUCAGUGGUAAGGUUCCCCAGGAGAGCGCUGUUAACAAUAUGGCAUUGGAUCCAAUUCCUGACGAAUUAGGCACACUGAACUCAUUAGAACAACACCUGUGCGCAUUGAAUAUUCCCUUUAUGCGACUUGUGGCAUUGCCACGAGGUUCUCAGAAUUCUGUCCAUGGGCCGGUGACUUGCGUUCCAUCAAACAGCGAUGUAGUCACUUCGGUUCUCCCUAGGCUAGAAAAUCAAGAUUUAAUGAUCCGAAUAAAACUGAAAAGAAAACUUACUUAUAAGGGGCAUUAUCAGUAUCAAUAUGUGCACACUCAAAAAAUCCAAAAUGCGAUAGCCUGUUUAAAGGACAUGAAUAAAUGGUAUAAGGACAUAGACUUUAACGCAGAAUGGGAAAAUCCCUUGCCAGAAGAUGCAUGUUCUGUUUUGAAAGAAUGCAACCCAGUUAAUGACACUCCAUCUGCACCUGAAAGCAGUGACAUUACAACUCAAUCAGACCAGGUGUCGGAUGAUGAAGAAGCUGACCACAUCUAUGAAACUCAAACACACGGGUUACUUUUGGACACAUGUUUGCAACCAAUUGAUAUCGCACAGGAAAUAUUUGAUCAGCAUUUCGAAAGUGUUUUAUCAAUAGCUCCAGCUGAGGGCAACAGUCCUGUUAGGCUGCUGACAGAUAAGGGCAAUGAAGCAAAAUGUUUUCCAACUCUUUUCCCCAAAGGGACAGGUACAUUCCAUGAUGCACGGCCCCACAGGCUCACUCUCAGUAGAUACAUCAACACACGAAUCCUAAAUGCUGAUGGGAGGUUUAGCAGCAACUUGGACUACAUUUUCUAUGCUCAAUAUUUAUCCGAGGUCAAUCAGGUUGUUUCCAAGGUUUCCAUAGCGUUGAGAAAAGGUUACCAUGCAGGGGAAUCAUUGGCUAUAACUUCCGCCAUGCUUUCAAACAAAGACUAUGUACAAAAUGUCUUAAAAACCGAUCUCGGUUACAAGUUCCUUCAACCGAUCCGAGGGACUCCAGUUUUUUGGCAAGGUGUACAGAAAAAUCUAUUUGCUAUGGUUCGUCAGCUUGGUGUCCCUACUUGGUUCUGUUCAUUUUCAUGUGCUGAUUUACGCUGGACUGAACUCAUCGAUGUUUUCAUGAGACUACAGAAAAUACAGGGAAAUGUCAACGACCUGGACUGGUCACAGAGGUGCAAUUUACUCAAAACUAAUCCGGUUACCGCGGCAAGAAUGUUCCAACACAGGUUUCAGACUUUCCUAAAUGACGUCAUCAAGUCACCAGCUAACCCCAUUGGUAAAGUUAUCGACACAUUUUUUAGAGUUGAAUUCCAACAACGCGGCUCACCCCAUACUCAUUGUCUGUUCUGGGUAGAAAAUGCACCGAAAAUAGGCAAAAACACAGACCAAGAAGUCACACAAUUUAUUGAUAAAUACAUCAGUUGUGAACUCCCGCCAGCAACCGACGCAUUGCAUGAAGUUGUUUCCAGCGUUCAAAAACACAGCUCCAAGCACUCAAAGAGUUGUAGGAAAAAAGGCACAACAUGCAGAUUUAACUUUCCACGUCCUCCAAGCAACCACACCUUUCUUUGUAGAAGUAAAACAGACGAGGACCAGGAGGUAACAGACGCUGAUCCGAUAGACGUCUCUAUAUUAGAAAUGCGAAAAGAAAAAGAGGUGGCUAAAAGUGUCAUGACAAGGGUCAAACAUGCUCUUUCAAGUCCAGACCUAACCUUCGACACUGUGGAUCAGCUAUUUGCUUCCAUUAACAUCACCCAGGAAAUGUUUGAAAAUGCCUACCGAUUGACAACCAAUAAAAACGCGGUUGUACACAAACGCAACCCAUCAGAUGUUUACGUUAAUCAAUACAACAAAGACCUUUUGCGUUGCUGGGAUGCCAACAUGGACAUACAAUAUGUCUGCGAUGCUUUUGCUUGUGUAGUAUACAUAAUAUCCUACAUCUCAAAAGCAGAACAAGACAUGGGCUUAUUGUUACAACAUACUCAAAAUGAAAUGAAAAAACAUGGAAAUUUAGAUGCAAAACAAACACUCAAUAAGUUGGGAAGUGUCUUUCUCCACAAUCGCGAGGUCUCAGCUCAAGAAAGUGUUUAUCGAGUUACAAACAUGCAUCUCAACGAAUGCUCAAGACUGGUCACAUUUAUCCCUACUGGUGAAAAUACCGUCAGAAUGAGUUUUCCUCUCAGUGUCAUUCAAAGCAAAGCAGAACAGGAUGACACAUCAACAGACUCGAUAUGGAUGACGAGCAUAACGGACCGCUAUAAAAACCGCCCCCAGGGCGCAAUUUUUCAUGAUAUUUGUAUAGCCACAUUUGCUUCAAAAUACAGAGUUCUGUACGGGAAAGAGCAGCACAGCCAGGGCUCUGUUAAACUGGAAAAUAACACUGGCUUUGUUAAGAUGAGAACUAGGGGACCUGAUGCUGUUGCUAAAUACGCUCGUUUCUCACAAACCAAAUAUCCAGAAAAACACUACCACAGUUUGCUACAAUUGUUUUUGCCUCAUUAUUCAACAGAUGAGUUAAAACCUCCACCGUACAACAGUUAUGAGCAGUUUUACAGGACCGGUUCCAUCACUAACAGCAGCAAUACAACGCAAAGUGUUAAGGAAGUUGUAGAUUUCAAUAGAUCCCUGUUUGAAGUAGAUGCAGAUGAGCUCGACAGAUGCCAAGAGGUUGCAGGGCACCGCGGGGCUCACGACGAGGCAUGGGCAGACCUUUGCCCUGAAUCUGAGUUGGAGCGAUUAGAAUGUCAGGAGGAGAUGUCUAACAACAACGACACAAAUCACAAUGAAAGAGAAGCCAUACCGGACUUGCAGUCGGACGCAAAGGCAACGCUGUCUAAAGAAUUUCCCACACACUCGAUACAAAGAGCUGAAGGUCUGUCCAUUAUGCGCACGUUAAACGAACAACAGACUCAAAUUUUUUACAAAAUCCGCGCAUGGUGCCUUGACAAAAUCAAUGGCAAAAACCCAGACCCGUUUCGCGUAUUCAUUUCAGGGGGAGCAGGCACGGGAAAGUCGCACCUGAUUAAAGCUGUGUACUACGAGUCAUGCAGACUCUUUGCAAGAAUGUCCAUUAAUCCAGACGACACUCAUGUUUUGCUAGCUGCUCCUACAGGAGUAGCAGCAUAUAAUAUCAACGGAAGCACAAUACACAGCACCUUUGCUAUUACUACCACUGCCAAACUGCCAUAUCAACCUCUAGGAGAUGAAAGAAUCAAUUCGUUAAGAGCCACCAUGAAAGACUUACAAAUACUCAUUUUGGACGAGGUGAGUAUGGUUGAUCAUAAAAUCCUGACGUAUGUCCAUGGCAGACUACGACAAAUAAAGCAACAAGGAGAUUAUGCAUUGUUUGGGAAUGUAUCAAUCAUGGCAGUUGGUGACUUCUUCCAGCUCGGCCCUGUAAAGGGAACACCUCUUUACCACGAGCAAUUGGUGACCGAUCUGUGGAACAAUCAUUUCACUCACAUUGAGUUGACAAAGAUAAUGCGACAAAAAAACAAAGAGUUUGCUGAAACAUUAAAUCGUCUUAGAAAACACAGAAAAGGAGACAAUCUUUACCAGCGAGAUGAAGUCUUGCUAAGACAACGCGAGACCGGCGAGGGGGAACUGACACAGGACCUUCACAUUUUCGCCACAAACGAUGAAGUGGCAGCCCAUAACACCGCCAUGUUACACAAGACGUGUACGGAUUUGGUGCAAAUUAAAGCUCAAGAUUCUCAGAGAAACCCUACCACAGGACAAGUAACAAGAAAAAAUAAUCCAAAAUUUGAUAGUCAGACAUGUUUAAGCAGAACGUUAAUCGUUGGUCCAUCAGCUCGCGUAAUGCUCAUCAAAAAUAUAGAUCUGUCAGAUGGAUUGGUCAAUGGUGUAUUCGGUACCGUUUGCAAAAUCACCUUUGAAGGGAACGUUCAGUUUCCCAAAACCAUUUUGGUUAAGUUUGACAAUGACACAAUCGGCAGGAAACUGAGGAGUAGGUCUAUAUGCUUUGAGCCUCAAUUUCAACAAGCAACACCCAUAGAUGCUGUGGAAGACAAAGUAAUGACUGGUGGAUCUAGACGCCAAUACCCGUUACGCCUAGCAUGGGCCUGUACCAUACACAAAGUUCAAGGUUUAACUUUAGAAAGAGCUGUAGUGUCCCUUAAAAGGAUAUUUGCAGCUGGCCAAGCAUAUGUAGCAUUAAGCCGAGUAACGUGUGAGGAAAACCUUAUCAUUCAAGACUACGCAGCCAAAGCCUUCUAUUCGAAACCAGACAUCGACAUUUCCCUGCAAAAAAUGGAACCAUUCAUUGCAACUCCACCAGCAGAAAUAACUUCAACCCUCAAAAUAUGCCUCCACAACAUUCAAGGUCUAUGUCAACACAUGGAAGACCUUAAACAUGACCAGAGAAUCUUGAGUGCUGACAUCAUUUGCGUGACAGAAACAUGGCUGGAGCAAAGCACAUCAGUCAGUUCCAUUGAAAUGCCAGGUUGGACUUUUAAUCACAAACUCCGGUCCCAAUCCUACCAUAACAUGACCCAAUUCCAAGACUUGGUAAACAAACGGCACGGUGGUGUGGGCUACUAUCACAAAGACCACAUCACUUGUAACAUUAUACACAUGCCGUGCAGUGACUUGGAAGCCAUCAUGUUUAAUGUUCAGCCUUUGAAUUACAAUUUCAUUGUGCUGUACAAACCGCCAUCAUAUCAACUCGCCUUAUUCAAACAAAAUCUCGCUUUGGUAAUGCAACAAUUUAACCAACUUUCAGGAGGAAAGGUAAUUAUGGGUGACUUCAACGACAAUGCCCUUGUUUCUAAAUCUGCAGAAAAUUUCAUGCAACAACAAGGUUACACCCAAAUUGUCUCUUCGCCAACAACAGAAAACGACACAACAAUUGAUCACGUUUACAUUCGUGACAUUAGUCCCACUGAUAUCAAAGUGCAAAUUCUGUCCACCUACUACUCCGAUCAUGAGUGCCUCUGUUUAGAUUUCCUUCUGUAACUGGUUAGCUCGUUUAGCUCGCAGGUUUUAGCACUACCCAAUAUUUUAAAUGUUUUGUCUGUCUUUUCUAUUUAUUCAAAUAAAUAAUAAAUAUUAAAUAUUAUAUAUUUUUUAUUUUUUUACAUUUUCUAUUUUUUCCAAUAAAUCAUGAAUUUUCUCCCCAUAAUUUUUUUAUGGAUUUGCCCCUCUAAUGAAAGCCAUAGAUAUGGUUUUUUUUUUAGC